AUGGAGGUCAUCGUGGCGGAGGAAAUUGCCGGGCUCGGCGAGUGCCUCAGUAUCUGCGCGCAGCGAAGCCGCACGCUGAAGCUCCUCGGUUUCCAGCACUUGCACUUCGAUGCAAGGCUGCAGGGCUUUCUUGAGAGUCGCGCCGGCACCGUCUUGCGACCCGUCGCCGAUGCCGUGCUUCUAGCACGGGGUCUACAAGCUUUUCGUGAGGCAGCUCGGCACAGCUUCCUCUGGCGCAGGUUGGCCUCGCACCAGCACCAGCGGCGGAGCGCAGCCCGAAAGCUGCAAGACGAGGUUGAGCGUCAUCGAGCUGAGCGCAGGAGGCUCAAAGAACCAGUGGCAAGGAUGCUGGAAGCUCGUGCCGACGACUGCCAGCGACAAGGGCUGUUAGAUUGGUCGCGGUCCGUCCUUCAGACAAAGAUCGAGGACAUGACCUCAAGGUACGAGGAGUUGAAAGCGCGAAAUGAGAUGCAGCACGAAGAAAAGGAGGCGCUUCGCGAGAAGCAUGUCCAGGAGCGCCUCCAGAAGUUCAGUGCGCUGCUUGGCCAAGUCUUGGGUCAAUGCUUCGGCGCGUGGAAGGACACACUGGAAGAAGGUCGCGAGCGUUUGCGGCGUCAGCAGCGGCUGGCGAAGAGCUUCUUCAAUGCUACAGAGGCGUUGAUGGAGUCAGUCGUUGGGGCCUGGGCACAAGCGACGGUGGACAAUCGUGUGACGCGCAAGAGGCAGGAGAUGCUACGCGAGCAGAAGCUUCGGGAGGUGGAUCGGAUCCUCCGCACCGGCAUCGGCCAAGGAGCCGAGCUCUACUGCAUCUUGCAGGCCUGGCACCGAACGAUGGUCCAUCGCCGACAGAAUGUGCGCAGCCGCAGCAAAACCGCUGAGGCUGCAGCACAGUUUGCAGCGGACCACCUGCGCCUGGCCUUUUCGGCUUGGUGCGGAUUCGUGAAGGCCGAGCAGGAAGCGCAAAAACAGCGGUUCCAGAGCGUCGAGCGCACGGCGCUUGUCAGUCUCCAUGCCUCGCUGGCGGUCGUCUGGGCGGCCUGGCACAAAGGCGCAGUGAGCAGCCGUCGGAAGCAGAAGGUGGAGCAGCAUAUGUGCGGGCUGAUGCGAUCUCAGGAGGACAAUCAACAAGGUUGCUUCCUGCUGCGAUGGAAAACAGCAGUGCUUGGACAGAAGUUGAGGCAGCUCGACUGCAUGGUGGUCAGUGAGAAGCCAGGCCGGGAGCGGGCCUUGGCGAAGACCCGCUGGCUUCGAAGCAGCGCGCGACAACGGAAGGUGCUCCUCUUUCGCGCCUGGAUCGAAAUCUCGGCCAAGUGGCACGAAAAACAGAUGCACAAGGACCGGUUCGUGGCUUCGGCUCAGCAGGAAGAGAGCCUUAACGUGUCCAUGCUCCUCAGAGCUUGGCAAGGAGCUGCGCGGGCCGAGCUCUGUGCCAAGCGGGAGGCUGAGAUGCAACAGCUCAAGGCCAGACACAAGGAGGAGUUAGAAGAGCUCCGGGAGAGCUUUAUCGGCCGAAUGCGCCAAGAGAAGGAGGCUCAGCUUGAGGCGCGCCAGGAGAACUUGCGGAAGCAUUGGGCCGGUUCCCAGGAGGCGCUCCGGUCCAACUCCUUCAAGUCUUGGCGUGAUUACGCGCUCACGACCAGACGGCAGCGCCUGCUUCAGUCCGCGGCCCUGCAGCGCGGGGAGGCUGCGGCACAGCGCGCCGCUGCCGGCCUCAUGCAGUCGCUGCUUGGAACAGCCUUCGGGGCCUGGGCCGAAGACUGCCGAAAGACGAAGGCAGCGGGAAGACAAACCCUGGCCAAGUCGAUGCUGCAGCGACAGCUGGCGGGGACGAGGGAGCAGACCCUGUCGAGUGCCUUCACGGGAUGGCGCCAACAUCAAAGGGUCUCGCAGGGCCUGGCCAAGCGACAUCACUCCGUUGCAUCCGCGGCCUUAGCGAAGUGCUCGAGGGCGAACUUGGUCGACUCUUUCGCGGCCUGGAAAGAGACGAUCCGGUCCGAGAUGUUGGCGCACCUGAAGCACGAGCUACUCAGAACGAAAAAUUCGCUGAAGCUGUUCGAGAAGGAACUCGAGGAAGCAAAGCAACGUCGUCGCGAGGAGCUCGUCUCUCGCUUCAUGUCCACUUCGACGUCGAUAAAAUCCAACUUCUUGAAG